AAGAACUCGCCGAGUAAAUGAACGAAAAGCAAAAGAAGCGGAACACAACCUCGCGCCUCUCUCAUCAUUACUCCGACGUUCUCCACAGUCUCAGUCCCCGCGCUCUCUCUCUCUCUCUCUCAGCCUUCCAUCCUUUCGUACAAUCUCUCUUUCACGGCGGAAUCGCGAGAAUGGAGAAGGGGAGGGGAGAGUUUUCCGUGAUAAAAGUGGAGAAAUUUGGGUGCUAUUUUUGCUUGACAUAACAGGCGGAGUACCCGGCAACAGCAGCGAUUGAUGGGCUCUUGGGUUCGCUGCUGCUUGUCGUGAAGGCGAUUCCUUCUCGUCUCGUUUGGCGUGGGAAAGGACGGAACUUGGUAGUGGGGGGUGGCUGGAGGAAGUGAAGGGAGGCCUCUGCUGCUGCUGCUGCUGCUUCUUAUCCUCUUGUGAGGGUUUGGAAGGGUUUAAAGGUGCUUCUUUUUGGAGCCGUGGAGUUUCUGUAGGCAUUUUUCUGCUUGAAAGAUAUGGCGGAAGGAGGAGCCAAGGUCCGGGUGGUACGGUGCCCCAAGUGCGGGAAGCUUCUCCCGGAACUUCCCAAUUUCUCCGUCUACCGAUGCGGUGGUUGCGAUGCUACUCUUCAAGCAAAGAAGCAAAUUCCAGGAUCAGAAGCUUCGUUGGAGAAAUCUGAUGGAGAAAAGGUCAGCUAUCUUGAGGUCUCGGAGAGUGCUGGUGAGAAGAAAGGGAUGGUUUUCGACGCAAGCGCAGCGGCCGAUAGAGCGGAGUUCAGGAACGAGGAGAUAUUAAUUAAAGACAAAGGGACGGCUUCCCACAGUCAUUCUGUCUCCGCAGGGGAAGUUGGUGCUGUCUUGCAGGAAUUCAACACCUCGAGACUGGAUGAUCAUUCCGUAGGAAGCGGAACAGAGGGCAGGGGUGAUGGCUAUCAUCUCCAAUCUAAAGCACCAGUCUGCGAUUUCGUCCCAAAUGUGAAUGAAUUGACUAAAUCAGACAUAGAAGGCGAAGCAGAAAACAAACCACUAGCUGAAUGCAACAAUGGGCAUCACAGAGCUCAGCAAACACAAGCCCAGAAGGGCGAAGAGAGGGACAGAGAACCCAGGGCUCCGAUUGAUGGCAUUCGGCCUGCUCCUUAUCCUGAUGAAGGUCCAUCCGACUACCAUCAGAAUCCAAGAUAUAGAUAUGGUGACGGUGAGCAUGAUCUCAUGCCGAAGGGAGCUAGCUGCCUCAAUCAAGACCGAGCAGAGCUUCUGAAGAUGCUCGAUGAAUUGAGAGAUCAGGUGCAAAGAACUUGUGAGGUCGCAGACAAACAAAAUGCUUCUCCUGUAAAGCAGAUGACAACUUCAAGUUCUUAUGGCCAUCGGGGUGCUUGGUUUCAUGAAAGUUCUGCAUCAUUGAACAGGAAUACUUCUCAGAGUUCUUCAUUUUUGAGCACACAGAAAAUGGACGCGUCAAACUUUCAUUCUACUGUGCCUGCACAAAAUGAUGUUCCUGGAUACGGGCAGCUGCUACUACAUGGAAGAGCCCCCUUUCACCAACCUGGUCACUACCCACACAGGCAGUUUGACGGUUACGGACGGUUCGAUCCUUAUCCUGCCAUCCCUUGUCAUCAUGAUGGUUUUUACCAUCAACCUGCAUGCUCAUGCCCGCAUUGCUACCAGAGACAAUUCUCGCUGCCUGUGCAGUGCCCACCCACCGUUUUCAGUCAUCAGGAGGUUCCCUAUUAUGUCAACAAUCAAGGAUUGUACCCCAUGGAUGGUCCCUCGAUUUUUGGUGGAGGAAGCUAUAAUUCAAGAGUUGCGAAUCCUCCUUUUCAUUCUCGCGAGCCACAAACCCACCAGAGAACCGUUUUCAGUAAGAAGGUCGGCCAUUCUUGCCAACCCAUUGCUGGUGCCGCCCCCUUCUCUAUAUGUUAUAACUGCUUUGAAUUGCUGCAACUACCUAAAAAAUCUUUGCUGGUGGACAAGAAUCAGUUUAAGCUGCAGUGCGGGUCAUGCUCUAAGGUAGUCUCGGUCAAGCUUGAUGGAAGUAGACUUGUUGCUUCUUCAUCUGCGCCAACCUCGCAUGUAUCUUCCGAAAAAAAUACCGAUAGCCCAAGCAAUGGCAUCCAGUCCCCAGAUGAGAAGAUACUUCUGCCUUACAGUUUUGAUGUUUUCGAUCAUGGCUUGGUAGAAAAAGAGAAUGGUUUGAAUUUUAGUGAUUCAGAGAAAAUGCAAGGCCUGUCCUCAUCCUCGAGCAUGUCUGGGCAUGUGGAGAGCCCGGAAAGUGUGAUUUCUCAUAAAGAUGCCCCAAGCUCUGCAGAGAUUCCCGUGGAAGCUGAAGCAACUUCACGUAUCCCAAGUUUACCACUUCGUGAGCAUUUUGGGUACUCAUUGUCUGAUCAAGUAGCUGAUGGGCCUGGAAAGGGAAGCAGGAGUCAACGCUCUGAUCAAGAGAGGAGCAUACUAGAAAAUGCAAAUUUUAAGCACAACUCAGUAAACGAUGUACCAGUGGCAACUGAGAUGGAUUUGUCAUCUGAUGAAUAUCCAACUGCUGGUUUGUCUCAAGAUUCUUGGGACAUGAUAAGCAAAGAUGAAGGUCAACCUAAAGCUGUCAAGGGUGGUGACUCAUUCCUUACCGGCCUUAUAAAGAAGAGCUUUAGAGAUUUCUCUCGAUUCAACCAAUCGUUGGGGCAUGGCAGAGCUAAAGUUUCAAUUAACGGUCAUCCUAUUCCAGAUCGAUUAGUUAAGAAGGCUGAAAAGCAAGCUGGACCAAUCUAUUCUGGUUACUAUUGGUAUGACUACCGUGCUGGAUUCUGGGGUGUAAUGGGGCAUCCAUGUCUUGGCAUAAUUCCUCCAUUUAUUGAAGAGUUCAAUUAUCCUAUGCGCAAGAAUUGUGCCGGUGGCAAUACCGGUGUACUUGUUAAUGGGAGAGAGCUUCAUCAGAAAGAUUUGGAAUUGCUUGCUGGUCGAGGUCUCCCAACUACUGCAGGUCAAUGUUAUAUAAUUGAGAUUUCUGGGAAAGUUUGGGAUGAAUCUUCUGGUGAAGAGCUAGAUAGUCUUGGCAAGCUUGCACCAACGGUUGAGAAAAUGAAACAUGGAUUCGGCAUGCGGGUUCCAAGAGACUAUCUGUAGGUACAGGCUUGAUGGUGACAGCCAUUAUAUAAUCCAUAAAGGUAUCAAUCCCUGCAGACGCAUAAGACAGCAUCUUGAGGUUGUGUAGUCCUGGAGAUCGAUUAAGAUGAUUUCAAUGAUACAUCUUCAUAUAAAGCUACCAGAAAUCUUCUGGAUACCAUUAUAUCUAGGUCUGGCAUUUUCUGAUCCUCAGCACUUGCUCGCUAUGUUAAUGCCUUUCCCAUCUUCCCCUUUUUUUUUGAAUUCUCAGUUAAAUUUAUUUGUGCUUUCUUUAUGAAACAUUGCAGUCAAAAUAGUUUGGUUGUGAUAGUUUUCAUAAGUGUGCAUUUGUUGUAUCUAUAUUUAUUGUUAAUUUGGGUCGUUGAGAUGUGGUUUGGAUUCUAUGCUGAUAAGAUCUGCACCAAGCUUUCUGAUGCAAAAUAGAAUUUAGUUUCCUGGAGGUGUCUUCUGACCUGUAAUGUGAAACUUGAACUUGUUUCUUUUUUAUAAAUGGUUUUGCCUUUUAUC